UCUAUACAUAGUCUAUGCCUGUUCAAAAUACUUAUUGUAAGUAUGUAUCAAUAGUUUAUAAUAUGUUUUAUAUAUAAAGAUCUUGUAUAUAUGUAAGAUCUAACCGGUUUGUAUGAUAUUUUUACAUUAUUACAUUGUUGAUUCUUAACAGAUUAAUAUGUAUUCAAAAAUUAUAUAUGUAUAAUGAGUUGUAGGAAUUGUUCUUAAAGGUUAAUCUCUUUCUUUGAAAUUGUGCUGUAACAUUACUUUUUAUAUUUGAAAAGAAUUUAAGAUGGCGUUAUUACGAAUCAGCAAUUCACCUAAUAUAUUAACAACUUUAUCACAAAUCUCGUAUACAGCACGUACGCCAUUAGGUGAAAUACAAUACACACGAUACGCAACUGCGCAUCGCAUGAAAAAUCUCCAUAUUACAAGUGUCCGUCGUUAUCCUGAUCCGCCCACUCUACCGCUUCCUACAAAUAUCUCUGAAAUAUUUGCAAAUGAGACUGGCCGAUUUACUCCUGAAAGAACACGAGACAUUGCCGCACCGAUAUUACUAUAUGGCAAGAAUGAUUGCACAUCAUUUUCCUUGGAACAAUUAAUAAAACCGAAAGAACAUUUGAGUAAUUUGGAAAACUGCAAUGACACGCAUAUAGAUUCAUAUGAUUGUUUUGGAGCAGUCAGUUUAAAUGGCACGAUGCAAAGCAAUGUACCGAAACCAUUUUGUUCCAAUGGAAAAUCGACACAUUUGAAUAUGCCAGGUGGUCAGUGGGCCAGAGAUGGAAAAUUUAUCGCCGAAGAUAUGCAAAAAUCGCAUUAUAGAAGCAGUCGUUUAGAAUUGAAACUGAAUAAAAGCGGUCUAAUGAGUCAUGUCACAGUGAAUAAUCUUUUCCAAACAAUGUACAAUUCAAAAUAUAUCUAUAGUAUGGGAUACUCAACAAAUAUGUCGUUAAAUAAUUUAUCAAAAUCUAAUGAUAAACAACAACAACAGGAGAUUGAAGAAAAAAAAUUGUUGAACAAGAAAGAAAGAUUAAGAAUUAUAGCAAAAGAUUAUGGAAUUACUAUUACCAUAUUUCAUAUAGGAAUUUCUCUGGUAUCUUUGGGUGCUUGUUAUGCAGCAGUAAUUAGAGGAAUAGAUUUAAAACCUGUCAUUCAAAGCAUUUUCAAAUUAGAAAAUGAACAAAUAGAAAGUAUCCUUGGUAAUUCGUCAACUUUUUUGGUUGCAUACGGUAUUCAUAAGUUACUAGCGCCCAUUCGACUUUCGAUAACAUUAGGUGUAACACCAUUUCUUGUAAAACGAUUAAGAAAACUCGGAAUUCUUAAACCUCCAAAGCAAGUAAAAUUAAGUACAUAAGAAUAAUACUUAAGUGCAUGAUUAUAAUUACUAUAUGUUUUGUAAUCUUUAUAAUUUAUAAAAAUUGUAUAAGUUAAUUUGAUGAAAUAAACUUAUAUACACAUAUAAA